AAGCGCCAUAUACUCUCUGCAUUUAACUUGGAUGACAUUUUUAUUUCAUCAUUAGCAUCUGGCGCCAGACUGACGCAGUGAACAUUGUCCCAUUUUGCAGAGGAUCUCAGGCGGACUUGGAUGCGAGAUUAUAUUUGUUAUAUUUAUAUAAAUUUAUAUUUAUUAUAUAUAUAAAAAUAGCGGAUUGCGCGCUGAAGUUUUUUUUAACCACACUGAAGAACUACAACAGCAUACGAAGAAGAUUAGCGGAAACUUCGUUAUAUAUUUCUAUGGUCUAAGACAUCGGCCACCAACAACACACAGCCAUGCCUGAGACAGCGCAAGAAAACUCAAGUCAACCCAAGGAGUCUCCUUUUUCCAUAAAGAACCUACUGAACUGUGAUAGCAAACCAUCCAAGCCAAAGACUCUGUUUGCCCCGAUGAAAGGGGCACUGGAAGGAGCUGGUAUUGCUCUCUCUCAAAUUGGGGACAUCGGAUUUCCCAGGUUUGACGUACCUGCUCAGAGGUUUGCACUGCCAGCGCACUACUUAGAAAGAGCACCGGCUUGGUGGUAUCCCUACACCCUCGCAUCUGCAGGCCACUUACACAGAACAGAAGUUAUCGAAAAGGCCAGUAUCAGAGACUCGUCUCCGGCGUCUGUCACCGAUCGAGACUCUCCCGACCCGGUUCUUAAAUCCGACCUUGACACAAAAGAGAACGACUCCAACAAAAGCACAGAAGAAAUCGUUCUGGAAGAGAGCGAUUCGGAAGAACCAAAGAAAGAAGAAGACAAUCUGGAGGACUGGAAAAAAAGGGAGGACAGCUCGGACAAGAAGCAGUGCAGGAAAAAGAAAACGCGCACUGUCUUUUCCCGCAGUCAGGUGUUUCAACUGGAGUCCACGUUUGACAUGAAAAGGUACUUGAGCAGCUCUGAAAGGGCCGGACUGGCGGCUUCCCUGCACCUAACAGAGACCCAGGUCAAAAUCUGGUUCCAGAACAGAAGAAAUAAGUGGAAACGACAAUUAGCGGCAGAGUUGGAAGCUGCUAACCUGAGCCACGCCGCUGCGCAGCGGAUAGUAAGGGUGCCCAUUCUGUACCACGAGAACUCUGCUUCAGAAACUGGAAACUCAACGGGUAACGUGCCAGUCAGCCAACCACUCCUCACCUUUCCACAUCCAGUAUACUACUCACACCCCCUUGUCACAUCGGUACCGCUGCUACGACCUGUGUGAGAACUGUGUUUUUAUUUUAUCAUUAUUAUUGUUGUUAUUAUUGUUAUAACUAUUACCACUAUUAUUAUUUUUGUAAAAAAAAAACAAAAAAAGAAAUAAAAAAAAGACACUGAUUUUUUUCAAAGCCAAGAGGAGCAGCUAUACAUUUUCAAUAAUUGUUUGUAAGUAUGAAAUGAUUUGUGUAAUUUAUAAAUAGACGCCAAUUCUUGUUCUGGGUUUCUGUAUUUCUUCUUCUUCUUCUUGUUCUUCUUCUUCUUCUUCUUGUUAUUAUUAUUAUUAUUUGGGUAUUUCACAUUGUUGAAUGUACAUAUAUACUUUUUUUGUAUAACUGAAGCUGAGCUCGCUUGCAAUGCUAUACACUGAGUUUCAUGUAAGCUUUUUAAAAUGUGAUGUAUAAGGAAUUACAAUUUGCCAAAUAAUAAUUUUACAUGAAGAAAUGCCUUUAUUUCAUCACGUUUUUCUUUUUCUUUUUCUUUUUUGCAUUUUGCAUUUGAUUUCCCGGUUUAUAAAUAUUUCGCUUACAACAAGCGACUUCAUUAUUUAAAUUAUUUUAAUAUUGAAUGCAAAUUAAUUAGCCUAUUAGUGCAAAGAAGGAUUUCAAAUCCGCAUGACUUUCAUUGACCUUUUUGUAUUUUUGUAAGCAGGUGUCCAUUGAACUAAAUAAUACAUUUUUAAGAUGACAAAUUGUUGAACUUUG